AUUCGAUCAAUUAAUAUGUUACAGUAUAGUGAUCAGUUGAAUUUCUUCCAUGUUGUUAUCUUUCUACUAGCUAUUCAACAAAUCUAUGCACCAGUUACCUUAUCAAAUCCUGCAUAUCAAAGUUCUUCAGUUAAUUAUAUAUCAACUAACGAUCAGUGGCAGGAGGUUCCAGAACCAACUAAUAUAUUUGAUAUUGUUAGGAACCAAUCACCAACUUAUCAAAAUAAAGUUUCAAAUUCAUUUGGCUUAAAUCCAGUUGUUGGUGGGAAUGGAUAUAGAGUUCUUCGUUCUGAUGAUGAAUCUGUGGCAUACGUUAUACCAUUGAGAACAGCACAAAAUACAUUUCCGAUAGACAAUGAUCUAGAAGAUGAUGAAUUAGAGACAUGGAUUCACCAAAUAAGUGGAUUUGACAAUAGACGAAAUGAAUAUGUAUCACCUGGUCAAACGAUGUGGAACACUCAAUUGUAUACAGGUUGGAACGUGCCACAUCAAUCGAAUACCUUAAGUUUUCACCACCAUUCACCACCACGAAGACGACUUCUGACUCCUAGUUACGCUGCAUCUGUUCCAUAUCAGAAUAGAAGGAAUUCACUUUCAACUAGUUACCCAAAUGCCUUCAUAACACAACAAACCAACUUUCCUCCACAAAGAUCUAGCCUCGGGCCACCGGUAGACAUUAUUCGACAAAAUAGGUACACUGGAUUCCAACCUAAUCAGCAAACAUCGAUUUAUACUCCAAACAUGUUUAUCAGACGACCUUUUAAUUCUUAUAGAAGACAAAUGUCCUUAUCUUACUUGAUUCCGAACUAUCAAGCAUUGAAUAAAGCAACUUUUCGUGGAUACAGACCAACUACACCAUCAGGCGGCAAUCUAAAUUACCCAACACUAGGGACCACAAGCAUAUAUAACAGUACAAGAAGAUCAACUUUUAGCUAGUAAGUGUAUAUGGAUCUAACUGGUUAAAGUAACGAGACACAUUUUCAAUUAACCUUUUCAAGUCAUGUUUAUUUCUCAAUAAAAUAUCAUAAACAA